AUGAAGAUGUGUUUUGCUGAACUAUUAUUUUGCCUGGCAUCACACUUAACUUUCAACUUGGCGACUGGCAUGAUCACGCAGUGGGAAUGUGCUCGUCUGUGCAGCCCCAAAUAUAGCAAUAUCCGGGUUUACGAUGCAAACGGUGCAGAAUGUGGUCUCAUUCACAAAUGUUCCGGUGGCAUGUCACAUGGCAAAUGUAAACAGUUUAGGCAGAUGGACAUGGGUUACUGCAACUCUUGCACAGGCAUUCACAUGAUGUUUCAAGAAAAGGAUUGUCCACUGGAACUCAAACUUCAAGAUCACUGUGAUACUCACCCUUGUCAAACCACAGCAAUCCAAGGCUCAAAUGUGGAGCAUGGUAGCAAUCAACACAACAGUCACCAAGAAUUUUGUUCAUUAAAUGCCAUCAAGAUUAAUGAAAUUUCAUUUGUAUUGCAGCUCAAGUGCUACUACAAUCCAACUACAAUGACCCACUUGUGUGCUACAGGGGGCUGA